AUGCAAAAUCUGUUUUAUUGUUUUGACAGAAGUAAUUUUGAAGAGUACAAAUCAUUAUAUCCCGCUUACACUCGAUCAGGUGAAAUAGUCAAAUUGGUUUUAAAAAAUCUGGAAAAACUUGAAUCGAAAUGCUUUACUGAUUGUCCUUUGGAAGAUAUUGAUUUGGAUGGGAAUAUUGUGACUAUACCAAGAAUGUGUUUCGCUUUAAAUAGGCUUACGUCAAUAAAACUUAAUGACUCCGUAAAAACUAUUGAAGCUUAUGCUUUCAAGGGGAACUACAAACUCAAAUCAAUCGAAGUGCCCAAAAAUUUGGAAGUGGUGCAAAGAGAUGCGUUCGAGCAUUGCACUCAACUUGAAAAGGUUGUUUUUAAUGAUAAAAUAAAAUACUUAGGAAGAAGAGCAUUUUAUUAUUGCAAAAAUUUAAAAGAAGUAAUUUAUCCAAAAAUUAUAAAGAGGUGCCAUGAGUCUACUUUUGACUUUUCUGGAAUCAAUAAAGAUUGUGUUUUGAAAAUGGUGAAGGUUAUUUCAAACAA